CUAUAUGUGAUAAUUAUCAAUCUGUCAGCAUUCCUAACUGGCAGCUCUCAUGGCUAAACUGACCAUUAAUGAUAGCUUUAUAAAAUCUCUGUCACGAUUCCCACAUCAUAAAAUAUUUACAGCAAUCUUCUAACAUCAGAGCCACAAUCGGAGUUCAAGAAUCAGACAGACAUGUCCUCGAAGCAGCAGAAGCAACCUUACUGCGGCAAUCGGUCAUUCGACUGUGAGGUAUGUGGCAAAGCCUUCCCUAAGAAGAAUCAACUGAAGGGACACUUCACCAUCCAUACGGGCGAGCCUCUGUAUAAGUGCGAUAUAUGUGGCAAAACAUUCACCCGGCAGGGUAACUUGAAGGCACACAAACUCAUUCACAGUAGUGAACGGCCACAUAAGUGCGAACUGUGUGACAAAGAAUUCAUUGGGAAGCAUGACCUGCUGCGACACGUUACGAAUCACACUGGCGAGCGUACACACAAAUGUGAAAUAUGUGGCAAAAAUUUUAUUCGGAAGUAUCAACUACACCAACACGUUAUCAUUCACACUGGCGUUUACCCGUACAAAUGUGAUAUAUGCGGCAAAGAAUUCUCGACGAAGCAGAGUCUGCAGAAACACGGUACUACUCAUUCGGACGAGCGGCCAUAUAAAUGCGAAAUAUGUGGCAAAAGAUUUUCGUGGAAGCAGCGCUUGCAGCGGCAUAUUACCACGCACACUGGCGAGCGGCAGUAUAAAUGUGAAAUAUGUGGCAAAACAUUUCGUGAGAAGCAUCACCUGCAGCAACACGAUACCACACACACUGGUGAGCGCCGGUAUAAAUGUGAAAUUUGUAACAAAGAAUUCUCUCAUAAACAUCACAUGCAACAGCACGUUACCAUCCAUACUGGCGAGCGCCCGUACAAAUGUGAAAUGUGUGGUAAACUAUUCGCCCGGCGAAGUUACUUGACGUCUCACAAACGCAUUCACAAUAGUGAACGCUUGCAUACGUACAACGAAUUUCUUCAGGAGCAUCACCUGGAUCAAAACCUUACCAUCCUCACUGGCGAAUGCCCGUACAAAUGUGAUAUAUGUGGCAAAGAAUUCAUUACGAAGCAGAACCUGCAGCGACAUGCUGCAACUCACACAGGUGAGCGACCGUACAAAUGCGAUAUGUGUGGCAAAGAAUUCUUGUUGAAGCAAAAUCUACAGCGACAUGGAAUCACGCACAUAUCAAAGCACUCGUAAAAUAUAGUAUAUCUAGCAAUGCAUUUACCCAGUCGGUGGUGCAAGGUGUGUGGCAAAGUAUUACGCGAUCGUGAUUCACUGGUUGGACCAUGCUCAUCCAACUAACGUAUUAGGCCGCUGACAGAGUGGUGGCGAGCUGUGCUGGGCCUGGGGCUAGUACUGACCUCUUAGGCACUGACAGUAGGAUGCGAUAAACCUUCUUGCAGGCAAUCAAAGGAAUGAUACUAGAGCGAAAGCCAAGCGGAUUGUCUGUUUGGCCUUAGAUUAACUCAAGAGUACUUAUUCAAAAGGUCCUAAGUGACAUUGAGCUCGAACUGAGAAAAACGAGGCUGAAGUUUCAUGGACUUAAAACAAAUCCCUAUUAGAGAACAAAUAUGUGUUUUGAUGGAACAAUUAUGCCAAUAUAGUCUAAGGACUAUGCUCUUUAGGUGAAUAGUACUGAAAACAUGAAAUUUUUAGUGCUAAUGUAGUUUUUAA